GCAGAUUGAGCACCCUGCAUUCUGCAUUGAUCCAGUUUCCAGCACCCGGGUUGCUAGGCAGAGGUAGGAGUGAAGUGGGAAGCCGAAAGAAAGUCUGUCAGGUUGGUAGCUUAGAUUCGCGCCUUCCGUUGUUUCUCCUUCAGGAACACUCGUCGCGGCCCAGACAGACCCCUGGAUGAAAGAGUUUGGCACCCGCUUUACGGACGGAAGUGUGCGGGGGCUGCGUGCUUAUUGGGAUUUCCAACUCUGGCUGCAGAGAGGCAGCUCCUACCCUUCCUAAGUUGCAGGUUGAACCAGUCACAACUUGCAAGAUGACAGUGGUAAAGAAUCUCUUUUUGCCGAGUGAGACGGAGGGCUCCGUCUGGCGGCGGUACUUGCUGCAGCCCACCGGGUGGCUGCCGCUCCUUAUUGGCACCAUCCUUCUCAUCGUGGUCAACGCCCUGGGCUACAGCCUCCAAUGGAACUGGCUGAUCAUCUAUGGCAUGACAAUGCUGCCACUCUCGCCUUGGGUCAGCAAUCCAGUGCGCUUCUUCAAUGGCGGUCUGAAAGAAGAUUCCAAGUCCAACUCCAGCAUCCUCCUACUGGCCAGCUCCGCUUUCAUUGUGUGGAUUUUUGCAAAGUCCAUUAACAAUGCCAGCACGCUGGGGGCCAAGUAUGGGGUCCUGGGCGGCUUCGCUUAUGCCACGUACUACACUUCCUUCUUCUCGGCGUCAAUCGUCAUCUACUUCCUGCGCACGCGCAUGGGUUACAAGUCGCUACCAGAGGCGAUCAAUGCGCGCUACGGAACGCUUGCUUGCCUCUCAUUCGGGGCCGCCGUUCUGUACCGGCUCUUCCAGGAGGUCUGGAGCAACUCGAUCGUUGUCGCGGGUUUCUAUGGGACAGCGGGCAGCGGCCCCUGGUGGACUGCUGCGAUUCUGAGCACGCUACUGCCGCUCGUGUACAGCUUUACGGGGGGAAUGCGGGCCAGCCUCCUUACGGACGCCGUUCAGGCCGUCAUUGCCAUCGUGUUCCUCAUCGCGACGCUCGCCUACCUAGUUCCCAAGGCCGACCGUCAGCUCUUCGCCUGGAACGGCGCCGGUUCCUGCGCGCUCGCCGCUACGCCUCCGGGCUUGUCCACCUUCAACGGGUGCGCGCUCGCGGGGGGCGCGUUCCAGGGUGUGAAUGGGCUCACGGGCCUGGCAAAAGUGCAGUCCGCAUUCACACCGGCGCGCUGCAACUACACAGCCAUAACGGAUCCGGCCAUGUGUUCCCUGGUGAAGGGGGUUUUCUCCGCUCCGAAGUGCGCAUUAAAAAGCGAGCCGGUAUGCACCGGCAAUGGCGGGGUCUGGAGCGCGCGCAGUCCUUGGUCGCUCGCGGGAGGAUGGGACCUGCUCAUUGUCGGCCUCAUGCAGGGCAUUCUGAGCUACCCCUUCUUCGACCCAGUGUUGACGGACCGCUGCUUCCUAGCCGAACCCAAGGCCAUGGUUAAGGCGUUCUCUCUUGGCGGUUCUCUCGCGGGUUGUUUCAUCAUUCUCUUCUCCCUCAUUGGAGUCUUCGGCAACCAGACGGCUAUCCUUCAUCCGGAACGCGUUCCGGAGGCUCUGUUCGCCGGAAUGCUGGGCGGGGCCCCUGCCGCCGUUUCCAAGUAUCUAGGCACGGCGAUUUUCAGCAUCAUCAAUAUCAUUUUCCUAACCGAGAGCAUCUCGACCGUCGAUUCGACCUUCACAUCGACGGCCAAGCUGUUCGGGCCCGAAUUCGCUGGUGUGAUCGAAAGGGGGGCGCCGGAUACGCCGGCCAAUGCCAGCAAGAGGCAUCUGUACCUCGGCCGUCUCGCCAUCGUCAUAAUGGCCGUCGGCGGAACCCUUCCGCUUCUCGCGGACCCCAAGGUCCUCAACGCGACCACCGUGAGCGGGACUGUAGUGCUCGGGCUGGGCCCCCCGGUCUACGCCCUCAUGUUCAUCAAGGGCUACCGACCGCUCGUGUUCCACCUGCCUUUCUGGACCGGGGUCGCCUUCGGCGUCGUCUUCCAGUUAUCUUCCGCGAGUUGCUGCCGCGACUACAUCAACGUCAAAGGCUUUGCCAUGGGCUCCGGGUCGGAGCAGCUGCUCCUCGGGUUCAACGUCAUUGGGUCGCUGUGCGCGUGGGGCGUGUGCGGAAUCUGUCUUCUGGAAAACGUGCCGGCGUAUCACUUACUGAAGACGCCGGGCGCGGACGAGUCCGUGCUUGGGUCAAUGACCGGUUGGUUCCGCCGGGGGAGGAAGGACGACCGGAAGGAAGCGGAAGCGGACUACGAGGACGUCAAAAGCGCGGACGUCGAAACGCCCGCGAGCGCGCGCUAGGAGCGAUUUGACAGUCAGCGAGGCGAUUGCCGUAGACUCCUUUUUCGUUGAUAGUACUGGUCGGAAUCAGAGCUUGUACUCGGAAUCUAGGUUGCAUUCACUGUGUGGCGCGCACGCGUUGCAUAGCCGAGCCUUUUGAACGAGUCGCGCAAAGGAAAAAAUUGCUCGCGUGUUGGCUGGGGGUUGGACAAGGACAAGGACUCGUAGCUAGAUAUUCCCGUGAGGCCCAUUGCUUCAGGACCGAAGCCGAUUCAACGAAACGCAGAGUAUUUUCUGACGGGUCAGAGAUCAAGAUUCAGACCAUCAUAAGCUUGCAGGAUAAUUUGAGAAUCUGAGUCUGGGCAAGCAUCGGUGUAGGUAGUGGCGAGGAGCCUAGAAUAAGCCGCUGGUAAAAGCUGCCAUCGGCCAGCCGACGCUGCAGCACACGUUGGAACAACAAUCCAUACCUAUGCUUUUCAGGCCGAAUUCGACCGUCCGACGUGAUCGAUGAUAUAAUAAUUUGGUCA